CUCUCGAAUUGUCUCCUCUGCCUUCAUCUGCACACCAAGGAUGUACCGAUGACUUUCUACAACCAAAGCACGGCUGGUUUGCUAUGACCGUUCCACUCACUCCACCCGAGGCCAGCAUUCCGCUGCCGGUCUCACGAGUGCCAUCUCCGUCGGGUCCUGCACGACAUCGGCUACAUGUCUCAGACCUUGCAACUAGGAGAUCUCGUAUGCGUUCACCGCUCAGAUCAAUAUCGUUACCCACUCCGGAUGACGAUGGAAGGAAGCAGGAAGAACAAGGUGGGACGGUCCGGAUGGCAUCCCAUCUGAGGUUGGAUACGAGCGUUUCUUCGCCCGCCAGCGUCUCGAUCAAGGGGGACUACCAAUUGAAACGACCGUUCAUUGUGAGAAGCAGCACUAGCACAUCAACCGUCUACAGGGAGAGCAGUAGUUCUGUACCUCCUCCAAUGUCAUCUCGCCGUCCUGAUUACGAGGAGAUGGUCAAACAAGAGCAAGCCAGGGAGGAAAACGAGGCUCAGGACGACUUCUACAAGGAGCGAGUGGUCAAGUUCAAUCAACCUGUCGGAUCCCUGUCGAUCAGUCCGUCAUCACGGGAUCUCUGCCUGGCAUCUCGAAAGGGUCUUUACAUCGUGGACGUCCGAUACCCGGAACAGGUGCCUCGAUGCGUUCCUCAGGGCGGAAUGUGGCAGGUCGCAGAUUGUCAAUGGUCGCCUCACCCAGCUACAUCCAACUUGGUCUUGACGACUUCUGCUCAAAAGUUACUUCUCUGGGAUCUGUGUUCGACAUCCCCAUCGACCUGUCUGUCCCGUGUCAUCGAAGCGCACGAGAGGGGGAUCACGGAUAUCAACUGGCAUGCGCGAGAUCCGAAUUAUAUGGCCACCACGUCCAUCGACGGGUCGGUGAAGGGUUGGGAUAUACGGGUCAAGGAUAGCGAUCGAGCCGUCAUGAGGCUAGCAGAUUGGGGUGACGCAGCAACCCAGGUCAAGUGGAACAGGUGUCACGAUCAUAUCCUGGCCAGCAGCCAUGGGAAUCGGUUAUGUGUAUGGGACACAAGGAAAGGAGCAGUACCCAUCACCUCUUUCCAAGCGCACGACGAUCGGAUGUAUGGGAUCGAUUGGGACAGACGAUCUCGACAUGAGAUCGUCACUUGCUCGUUGGACAAGACCAUCAAGUACUGGUCGAUCGACGAUAUGUCCACCGAUAAGCGCGAUCGAUAUCAGCACAAAGAGUAUUUUCCCUCUCUUCCUGCUCCGGCUCAACCUACGUCUACGAUCCGAACAAAAAAUCCGGUCUGGAGGGCGAGGAACCUUCCGUUCGGCCGAGGAGUUCUUAGUGUACCUCAGAGAGGAGCAUGUGCGCUCGAAAUGUGGGGCAAGGAUCAGGAUAGUGGGCCAAUCGAGAGGUUUGAAGAGUACACCGCUCCUGUCAAAGAAUUUGUGUGGCGCACGCGAGGCGGGAACGAUCCGGAUCACGAGGACAGGGAAUUCCAGUUGAUCACGUGGUCGAAAGACCGUCAACUGAGGAUGAUUCCGAUUCAGCGCGACUUGUUGGCAAGAGCUGGAUAUCGUAGAGGCGCACCUAUAGAUGUGCUGGUCUCCAGGCGGAACGCGCCAGACGUUUCUUACGCUACCUGGGAUACCCCGCCGUUGCCUUGGCUAUCUGCUCGCUUGCGUGCGGCAGAAGAGUCGGCCAGUGGAGCAACGACAGCGGCAGAACCGUCUCCAACAGUGGCUAAUUUCCCGAGCAGAGAUGGACUCGAUCGGAUCAUACCAUUCCGUACGCGAUCAGAAUCGCUGGCGCCCCUGUUCGGUGUCAAGCCACAUUUGAAGCUCGAGGACGGAGGAAUCAAGCCUGUCAAGGCAGCGGUCAAGACGGCUGUUAUGACGAGAGGAUCACUUGGUCGGCAAAGCAAGAAGCGCAAAACCAUCGAUCAGCUGGAAUGGUUAGGAGGCGUCACCACAAUUCAUCGUGAAGGCAAGGGAUUGUCUUCGCUGGGAAAUUCCUUACCCACUUCGCAGCGCACUUCGCGACUAGCAUCUUUGUCCCGCAAGGGGUCUGACUCCGGGAGUCAAUCUAUAGACGGAUUGCCGGGCACCCCAGGAGGGCCUUUAUCCUUCUCCUUUCGAGGCUUCAUGACCGACAGAAGAGGCAGCGUGCAAUUCGAUGGCGAGGAAGACGAAAACCUUAAUAUAGACCUCGCAGAUGAGAUUCGUCAUGUCAAAGUCAACUUCCCCCGCGCCCGGUUUGAAAGCCAGAAUUUGGACUUCAAGAAGCGACAGUGUGCUAUAUAUCUUCCAGGGCCUUGGGGCGAAAGUGCUCGAACCGUUCGCAUAAGAAUUCUGUUCAGGUUCCCUCGCGGAUAUCCGCGGAAAGCUGGACAAGCAGGAUGUCCCGUGUUCAAGCUUAUUGACAAACCGACCAUCCCGUCUGCGACACACGAUGUUAUGCGUCGAAGACUUCAGGAGAUCUGCGAAGAGGAGAGGCCUGCUCUGGCCGCGUGUGUCUCUUACCUCUUGGGAAUGGAUCGAAGACAAACCAGAACGGACGAGAUUGAGCCGGACUCGGGGUCAGAGUCCGAUGACGAUCUGCCUACACAGAAGCACGUCCUUGACAAAGUUACGUGUGGUAUGUGCUGGGGACCGAACGGCGAAUUGAUCACCUUUUUCGCUAAGGAUCCGAAUGCCGGGCGGAAACGGAAUCUCUCAGCACCAAACACCCCUUCCGGAAAGACCAGCAGGCAAAUUAGCCUGAGCAACAGUGGCGCGAAAGGUAACGCAUCGCUACUCAAGGCAAUGUCUGCAUUGUCCCGCUUGAGCGACUCAAAGCACGACAAACAUCGAAGAAGGCAGGCAGAGUUGGCGGGUUUCUCAUUCGCACAAGGCAUCCAUAAGACGCAAUUAGUCACUGCGGAUGAGCUACGUCAUACUCAGUUCAAGCUCAACAAUCGGAUGCUGGUAUCACAACAGAAACCUACUUCCGUUGUGCAGAUCUGGCCACCAACAGUUCCUGCACAACCAUGCAGGCGUCUUGCGGAGCUCUAUGAAAUUCGAGGGGGCAUCGACGCCGUUCAGGCAAAUCGCAGGAUAGCGAAGGAAUUGUACCGAACCGAUCACGAAUUGAUCUGGAAGCUCUGUGCGACGGCUCUGUCUGAGGGUCACAACUCGGAACGCAAUGUCUCACGUCAAGCGUGCAAUCCGCCUCGCUUCAAGCGCAACGGAUCACGAGUUCGUAUAGAGAGGUAUCCACGGCAUAGCGCAAUAACACUGGCUCAAAUUAUCGGCGAAGUCGUCGCGUCCCGUGACAUACAGCUCUUAGCUACAAUGCUAGCAAUCUUUGCAGACCAACAGCCUGUCUCUAGCAGUAAAAGCAGAGCGCCACCAGCGCGGUCUAGCCGACGCCUCGUGAUCACAGAAACCGACUACUUCAACUCGCGGGAACCCUCUCGUUCAAGAAGCGAAGCUGGUUCGAUCUACCAAACGCCUCAAGCACCCUCACCGUCUGCCGCCGCGCCGUAUCUGGCCGGCCUUUCAAGCAAUUUCUCUCAGUUCUUGCCAUUUAGUAACAGCUUGGUGUCAAGCAAUGGUUUUGGUGACCGCGAACGCAGGGUGUCGGAGUCCCCUUCUUGGACAGCAGAUCCGGAAGGGCGCGCGUUACCAGUCCCUCUGUCAUCAAACCUUCGAUUGGCCAAUCGAUCAGCAAGCCCCCGGCGGGAUAGUUUCCGGCAACAGCUUUUUGGCAAACCAUUGGGGUCUUCUCACGGAUCACAGUAUGCGGCAUCGAUGCGUAGUGCGACCGAAAUCGGUUCUGUGGAAUCUCACUCGGUUCAGAACAGCAGGAUGAAUCGAGUCUCGUUCGGCUCAUUGGCGCCAGCACAGCAAUCGACUAGCAGAAUUGAUUCAGAAGGCAGCGACCAAUGCGCCUUCUCGUCCAGGCCAGAUAGUCACGUCAGGAGUUGGCGCACUGUUCUCGAUCUUGCGUCCACGAGCCCUCAGUACGGUUGGUCUUCGGCUUGGCGACAUUUGUGUGACGAAGCUGGAGUCAAGACGGCGUAUGCCGAUUUGCUGCUCCGGUGGGGUCUCCAUACUACUCGCAGCGAGUUGAUGCUGCAGUUGCCCGUCCAACACUCAACGAGCGAUGAGAGGAUCGAUCCAGCUCAUGAAUCAUUGACCACGUUAUCAAUCUGUGGCCGAUGCAAUUAUGAGAUCCGGGACGAUGUCGACCAAGCUUGUUCUUGCGCAAGACAGAAACCGCCCGCCUGCGCUUUCUGCAGGUUACCGGUCACAGGGAUCGCGCUCGGAUGCACACUAUGCCUACAUAUACAGCACGCGAGCUGCGCCAAGCUGGCUUCCGUGGUUAGCAUAGGACAAUCCGCCAUUACGGAUACCACUUGUCCGAUGGGAUGUGAUUGCGUAUGCAGACUGGGAGGCUUCAAUGGCACGCUGGAGGUAGAGGAUACUGGCGUCUCCAAUAUAGACAAUGCGGAGAGUACGCCGUUAGCCAUACUAAGGCCUCUAGAAGAAUCGACCGAGACGGGUCAACCUGAAGUAAAUCUCCAUGAAGCCGCAGGAGGAAAUGAAGGCCAGUCAACUCCAGAUCCAGUGGAAUACAAAGCUUCUGGAAGGACGCUAGGCAUGUUCAAAGCUCAGAUGAGGAAUCUGGGGGAAUUCAGUCAUUACUUUUCCCAUGCCAAUUGA